UGUGUGUGUGCGUGUGUAUGUGUCUCCUGAUUUCACCCUCACACACGCACACAUACACACUCAUAACACAGUCAGACGCACACAUUUACUGUCUGUCUGACUGCAGUAGUGGAGCUCCGGCAGCAGAAAUCCGGUCGGAAAGGAUUCCUUCCAUUUUUACGCGCAACUUUUCCUCCGUCGGCCGCUUCAGCGCGACGUUUCCACCGCUACCCCUCGACUGUUGUGGAUUUCUAACAACCGCUUCCUGGCUGUUUCUAACGGACAACCAGCGAGGUGUCAAGCCCGCCCGGAAUCGGAUCUCCUGUCACCGGGUUUGCUUGUUGUCAUUUUCGCACGGAGACGGAGACGCGCAGCCGGAGCGCAGACAGAAGGGGCUGUGACCAGUUUGUGGACUUGCUAAACUGGAUGAACAGUUACACCAGGAUGGCCCCAUGAGGACGCUUUCUGUCGGGACUCCCAUUGAAACUAAAUUGAGCAUGUGCAGACCAACAGGUCUUUUGGUGAGAAAACUGAAUGACUUUUAAGACUACAGAAAGAAGAUCUACAAGCACGUUCCUUUAAAGAAAAAUCACUCAAGGAUUCUUCUGCCUUUAGAUGAACUGGACAGAAAAACGACGCACAACAACAGUAGCGUGUUUACAAAAUGGCAAAAGGAGAGAAAUAUUUCUGAUGUUAUCCACUAAAGCUCCCCUUUUAUUUCCACUUCCUAAUUCCUGUUUCCAGCCUGGCUUUACAAUCAGUCUAUUUCAGCAAUGGACGGGUACUUCCUGUUUCUGUGAACUUGUUGCCCUCAAAGGUUCAGCUAUCAUGCCUGGUAGUUUUGGGACCUUGUAACCUUCCAGACCCUGCCCUCCCAACCCCCCCACUAUCCCCUCUCUCCUCCCUCUUCUAACCUACAGAAGAGCUUCACAAAAAUGGAGGCUCGUGAAUUGGCUGCCACUGGGCAGAAAUGCUCUAAUAAGGAACCAGUGAAGGAGAAAACGCCUCUUCAAAGAAAGUGGGCGUCCGAGCCCUCUGCAACCACCAAACGAAGCACUUUUGCUGACCCAGAGGCAAAACACCGUGAGAGUUUGCCCUGUGGUGCCACCGGGGGAUCAGCACCCCAGCAGAAGUACGCAUUUACAGGGAAUUCUGGAAAGCUGCUAUCUGGGGCCAUAGGAGGGCCGCCAUCUCAAGACCCCCAAGGGCCCUUUGCUCAGGGGUUCCCAAGGGGAUACUCCUACCAGUUGGGCCAGCCGUACCCUCAGCACCCCCAAACUGAGCGCUUCCUCUCAGGAGCCAAACCCCAGCCAGGACUAGAGCCCCAUGCCUGGCCAUUUGCUGGCCAGUUGCCCUCUGAUGACUUGUACCCUGUUGGACAUCCAGGACACACGCACCCUCAUGGGGCUGGGGCAGGGAGGUUUCCUCGCCAGAAAUCCCCCAGUUUACCCAGUUCCUUCGGACAGUACUCUCAGUCAGGCCCUGAGCCUGGAGAGGAGGGCUAUAAUAAAAAAGAGCAGAAGCCGAAAAAGCCUGGUAAGUACAUCUGUCACUAUUGUGGUAGAGCUUGCGCCAAGCCCAGUGUCCUGAAGAAGCACAUCCGCUCACAUACUGGAGAGAGGCCAUAUCCUUGUGUACCCUGUGGCUUUUCCUUCAAAACCAAGAGUAACCUUUACAAGCAUCGCAAGUCCCACGCUCAUGCCAUCAAGGCUGGACUCGUACCAUUUUCAGAGCUAGCUGUGGCCCGCAGUGGGGACAUGGACCAGGCAUCCCCAGUAGGCGAGGCUGAGGUCCAUUCAGAUGGAGAGCAGAGUACCGACACAGAUGAGGAAGGCGUGGAGGGCUCCACCAUGCUGACGGAUAAAGACAGUCCCAUCCCACAGAUCUCCUUUGAAGCUGACAAGAAUACAGGUGGUGUGGAACCAGCAUAUGCAGACUCAGCUGAAGAGCUACCGGUGGGGUCUAUGAAAGUGCCUAUCCUUAUUGUCCCCAAGCCUGGGGGAGUCCCCUCCACAGGGAUGGAGUGCCCACCCUUUCAGGACAUAAAGGGGUCACACCACAUGUUGGCAUCACAGGCUGGUGGAAGAGCACAUUCACUAGAUGACUCCCCCACCAUCAAACAACGUUUGGCCCUAAGGCUAAACGAGAAAAAGGGCCAGGACUCUGACUCUGGCAUGUCCCAGUCCCUGAACCUUCUUAGUCCUCACAGCAAAGGCAGCACAGACUCUGGCUACUUUUCACGCUCUGAGAGUGCAGAGCAGCAGAUCAGCCCUCCAAAUACUAAUGUCAAGACGUAUGAAGAGAUAAUGUUUGGUCGGACUUGGUACUACCGACCCAACUCCAGAUCCAGACAGUCUAUCACAGUGGGCAUGGCAGGGGCAGACCCCAGCAGCCUGGCUGGCUUAAAGCAACCAGGUGCUAUUCUGGACAUGGGGAAGAUAGCUGAGGAUCAUAUCUGUUUCAGAGGGGAUGUUGGAGUCUCUGGAGAUCCCAAGCAGUAUCCAACAGGACCCUGUCAAAGUAGCACAGGGCUUCUGGAGCCUCCAUCAGAUUCUGGGACCCUUAUUAGGAGUAACUCAAUGCCAACUUCCUCCCCUCCUACCCUUAGUGUCCCACCAGGGAUUCGAGGCAGUCACUCCUUCGAUGAGAUGAUGACAUCGGAUGAUGUGUUUUACCCACCUCGCAGACUCCGAAGACAGGCUGCAUUUGAACAUUCAGCCAAUGAAGCCCAUGUAGGUGAGGCUGAGGGCUAUGGACACAUGCCCAAGAAUGUAGCUUCAUCUCUGGGUAUGAAAAUUGGUGAGCGCAGCCCAGGAGUCCCAGAACACAUUGCCUACAGCCCAUAUGGUACUAAAGUUAGCAUUUCAGAAACUGCCACAAGAAAAAGGAGGAAAGAGAAGAGUGUUGGGGAUGAAGAAGACAGCCCUGGGCACUGCGACAGUAGCUGCAGUGGUUCAGUGGAGAUGAUAGGGGACUAUGAGUUUAAACAAGGUAGUCUUGAUGGAUCUAGAGCCACCCCAACAGGGAAAGGCUCUCUUCACAGUGCUCACAGCCAGUCUGACAGCUUUGAUACCUGUGCCAGCAUGUGCUCUGAGGACAUUGCACUGUUUCCUGACUCUGAGGGCAGGAAGGCAGCUGGGAAUGUCAUAUCAGUCAUCCAGCACACCAACUCCCUCAGCCGGCCAAAUUCCUUUGAGAAGUCAGAGUCCUUUGAGCAGCCAGGAUAUCAGCCUUCAGAUAAAGCUCCAUCUAGCCAGUACUCUGAACAGUCCGACACAGAGAUCUAUGAAGAUGCUCUGAGUCCUGAAUCUGCUCUACUAAGGACAGAGAGCAUGGAGCAGCAGCUGCAAAGUGACAGUGACCUGGCCUCCCUAUCAUCGUCAUCAGCUGCAGCCUCACCUGGCCAGCCUUAUCACAUCCCACACAAGCUAGUCCGACAACCCAACAUCCAAGUUCCUGAGAUCAGGGUGACGGAGGAGCCAGACAAGCCUGAGAAAGAAACAGAAGCUCCAUUGACCAAGGAACCAGAAAAGCAGCAGCAGCAUGUGGAGGAGUUCCAGCUGCCACAGAGGAGUGACACACUCUCCCAAAUGCCAUCUGAAAAGCUCCCACCCAAGAAGAAACGGUUGCGCCUGGCAGAUAUGGAGCACUCAUCUGGGGAAUCAAGCUUUGAGUCAACCUGCACCAGCCUUUCUCGCAGUCCCAGUCAGGAGAGCAACCUGUCUCACUCCUCUUCCUUCUCCAUGUCCUUUGACAGAGAUGAAGGCCUCAAGUCUGUCUCACCCACCAAACAGGAUGACUCGUUGGCAUCAUGUGGUGGACCUAAGCAGUCGGAGUUCCUGACGGUGCCUGGCAGUGGUCACUCCAGCCACCACCAACAGAGGGAGAUGAGGAGGUCUUCCUCGGAGCAGGCACCAUGCACGCUGCCCACAGAGUUGCCUGAAAUGCGAAGCAAAUCCUUUGACUAUGGAAGCUUGUCCUCCUCCAGACAAGGAGAGAUAUACUCCAGUGCCUCUGCAAUGAAGGAACGCCGGCGUGGAUAUCUUGUCCGACAGGCUUCACUGAGUGUUUAUCCAGAGGCGGUGACCCAGGAACCAGGGGUUGCUGAGAUGUCAAUCAAACAGGAGAGUUUGGAACAUGGAGCAUGGCCUGGCCCAACAGGAUCUCCUCACAGUAGCAGCGAUGUAGCCUGUAGAACCAAGAGACCUGGCAGUAGCAUUGGUGGUGUAGGUUCUCACCAAUACCAACAGCACCACCAGCAUCUCCUCCAGCAGAGUAUCAGUGAAGACAGCUUGCAGGAUGAACCUCUCUAUGGCAGGUCCCAACAACAUCGCCUGCAAGCCCAGGGCUCAUCAUCUGAAGGAGAACAUCCAGGUCACGAGGUCAUGAAUAAGGAAGUCAUCCAGCAGUACCAGAGUGGACCCCCCUUCCUUUCCUUCCAGCAACAAGGUCUGUUCUGGAGCCAGGAGGCCAGUCAGACACCUCGACAGCAGUUGACCCACCAGGCCCAGCAGCAACUCCAAAAACUCCAGAUCAGACCACCAGGCAGCCUGCCUGGACACCCUCUUCACAAAGACCAACCACCCCACUCCAUGCAGCAAAUCCAUGAUCCACAGCCACAUGAUGGAAAAUUAGAAAAUCCAAGCUCUCAGAUGUACCCUGCCUCUUUCUCAUCUCGCACCUCUCCCCUGUCCCAGCAACAACAGCAAAACUUUGUCUCUCAUUCCUCCAAGCACUCCCUGCCCAGCUCCACCACUAACCCCAUGCUUCUGCAGCAGAUCCAACCUGUCUUUGCCACUCAGAACCUGGGCUCCCAGGCCUCUCUACCUGGUAUGCUGGUUCCUGUACGUAUCCAAACACAUGUGCCAUCAUUUGGUAGUGUUAUGUACACCAGUGUUAGCCAGCUGAUAGCUACCCAUGGCAGUGGGGUACCAGGGGUAGGAUUAACCAGGCCAGGCGUUGCUGACAACAGCAAUAUAUCUCCGCCAGUUGGUGUUGUCAAUGUCAGCAAACCACCUGGAGGAAUUGGAGGAGGUAUUAGUGGGGCAGGUUUCAACCUAUCACACUUCCUGGGACAGACCGAUGGCACUGUGCCUCGCUACCCACUCUGGAAGGUUUCAGAUUCACUGCCAGAACAGCGCCUCAACACAGGGAUCCCACUGUCACUAACGUCAGGCACCAUAUCCACCACAGAUGCCUCAGGAUCUGGCAUUGGAGGAAGCAAGCGCAUGCUUUCCCCUGCCAGCUCUCUGGAGCUCUUCAUUGAGACUAAGCAACAGAAAAGGGUUAAGGAGGAGAGAAUGUAUGGACAGAUUGUUAAGGAGAUGAGUGCCGUGGAGUUAAGUGGAACUGAAAGCAGUAGCAAGCCUGAGAAGGGGCAGGGUAGAGGUCAGCGAGCCCGUCUGAAGAGUGAAGGCUCUAUGGAGGAUUCUGAAAGGAUGACCUCUUCUCCACCACUAAACGACUUCCCCGUUGCCACCAAGAUUGCCAUUCCUGUCCGUUCCUCUGCCCCACACCUUCCUGAUGUACCCCGUGUUGAUAGCUUCACCCCUCCUCUGCAGAUUGUAACAGACCGUUCCCCAGCUUCAGGUGGCCGAGACUCCCCAGAGGAGCUUGAUGUGGAUGACUCUGUCCCAGAGCCCAACUCUAGCCCCCAGUCCAUGGUAUCCUCCAAUGAUUCAGAAGACACUGACAACACAAAGCAGCCUACACCCAGUAAAAUCCCCCUUAGCAUGCUGGUUCAGCUAGCUGCCAACCAAAGCGCAGGAUCAUCCGGAGCAGUGGGUCAGACGCUGCUACUCACAGAUGUGGCUGAUGUCCAGCAGUUUUUUCAAUUCCCUAGCCUGCGCACCAUGAGCAGAGUUAGCUGGUGUUUUCUGAACUACACCAAACCCAACAGCACCCAAGCUGCCUUGCGUAGCUCUGUCUACAGUUCAUGGUGUGUAAGCUCAUACAACCCCAAUCCUCUGAACCUCAGCACCAAGGCUGCUUUGGCCCUGCUGAGGUCCAAACAGAGGAGGAACACUGAUUUGAUGUACACAGCUGCAGCCAUGUCACCACCCAGCUCUGGAAAAUUGGUGUCCUCUGUGGCCUGGAAGUUGAGGUUUGAUCAGUUGAAGCCUGAGCUGAUGCCAGUUGAUGUCAGUAAUUUUGGGAGGAAGAUGAAGGGAGUGGUAUCGUGGGACCGUUCGAAAGAGGAGCAGGUAGAGAAGGAGGUCUCAGUCAAACAGCCCGCCACCGAACCAACCCGUAUCAAGAUCUUUGAAGGCGGGUACAAAUCCAAUGAGGACUAUGUUUACGUUCGUGGUCGCGGUCGGGGGAAAUACAUCUGCGAGGAGUGUGGCAUCCGCUGUAAGAAACCCAGCAUGCUGAAGAAACACAUCCGAACACACACCGACGUCCGGCCUUAUGUCUGCAAGUUCUGCAACUUCGCCUUCAAGACAAAAGGAAACCUGACGAAGCACAUGAAGUCUAAGGCUCAUAUGAAAAAGUGUCUGGAGUUGGGAGUCUCCAUGUCUUCUGUUGAGGACAACGAGGCAGACGAAGGAGAUGUUGGAGAGGACGGCCAGAGGUCUGAAAAGAUUUCCAGAGGCACCAUGGCGGAGCACCAGUUCUCGGAUGCAGACGACUCAGAGGGCGGAGAGGAAGACGGCGAUGAGGUGGACGAUGAAGACGAUGAAGAAGAUGACUAUGAUGGUGAUUCCACCCCUAAGACUCGUUCGCGCUCCACCAGCCCGCAGCCUUACGGCCUUCCCGCCAUGUCAAUCACAGCCGUGGCCUCCUCCCAUCCUGCUCCUCACCUUUCCCAUCAUUCAGCCUCUGACCUCCUGGGAAACACCAACAAGCCUCCGCUGUUUGGCUACUUUACCACCGUGCCGAGUAUCCAGAUCACACCGCAGGCUCCCCCCAGCGACCCAGCCGGGAGGGAGCGCAGUCAGGCAGAGUACCAGCGAGGCCUGCAACGGGCACUCGGCAGCAGGCUGCUGGUUCCACCCUCCUCCUCCAUGGAUGAAGACCUGCCCGCCCCCUCCCCAGAUCUCUCCUCGCCCUCCUCCCGCCUUUCAUCACCUGGGCUGGACCACUCAGGCUGCCCGUCCCCCAUCUCGCCUUCCUCCUCACCUUCAGCCCACCGAUACCUCUCCCCACGUCGUGAUCUCUCACCCCACACCGGGCACCUCUCACCCCAUCGGGACAUCUCUCCUCUGCGUCACAUCUCCCCCAAGAGGGACCUUGGGGUGGCAGGGGGGUAUCGCCGAGACCUCUCCCCCAGGAGGGGACACCUCUCGCUGCUCUCCCCUCUUUCUCGGCCCACGUCUCCGGCAGGAAGAGACUACAAGCGUGACCUUUCACCAAGAGGCCGCCACAGGGGGAUGAUCCGGCCUCUUUCUCCUCGCCGAGGGCUGCACCAACACUUCCACCACCAAAGUCAGCAGAGUGGAUCGCGAGGCCUCAGGCCAGGUCACCAGGCUGGAGUGUUGGGUCAGGUAGAGCUGGACCCUCUUGGACGUCGCAGAGGCAGCGCAGAGAUGGAGACGGAACAUCAUCCGGGCUCACCGUCGUCAGGGGAACGGGACCAGGGCGGUAGCCGCGGUAACCAGUCCAGUCCACCUCACCAAGUCCUGUUCAGUCACCUUCCUCUCCAUUCUCAACUCCAGGUGCGUUCGCCGUUCCCAAUGAUCCCCAUCGGAGGGAUCCAGAUGGUACACUCCGUCCCCACGUCCGUCACCACCCCUCUGGCCCAGCAGGGGGCGCAGCAGGUCGCCUCCCGCCUGGUGCUGCAGAAGAGCACAUCGGAGGACUCCAACACAAGCGAGGCCGCCUCCCCUCAUUUCAGUUCCUUCACCGAGAGGGGAGUUCGAGGGGGAGGAGUAGCUGGAGGAGGAGGCGAGAGGCUGAGGGAGUCACCUCACCCCUCAUCGCAGGAGAGGGAAGGAGGAGAAGUGAGGCAGGAGCAGGAGGAGAGCAUCCACACCUGCACCAAGGCCAUCGCGUCACUCUGCAUCGACUCGGAGGAGCUCGCAGAGAGAGGAGGAGGAGGAGGAGGCAGAGGGGAUAAAAGGAAAGAUGGAGUCAGAGCAUCUUCCUCCUCUUCCUCUCCUUCUGCAUUAUCCCCCGACUCCCAACAACAGCAGCGUUCGCCAUCCAUUUCCAUGUCGCCGCCAUCUCCUCACCCUUCGCCAUCUCCUCCACAAGGUCCCGGGAUUCAGCACUUUAGCGGCCUGGAGCUCAGGCCCCCCUACCAAUCGAUCCCCACCUCCCCUCACUGUUCCUCCCCCUCUUCCUCCUCCUCCUCUCCUCACCCUCCCAGCCCCGGAUCUGAGACCCUCCAGCCUUCAUCGGCCUCCAAACCUCUCAAGCUGGAGAGAGACAGGGAGGCAGAAAGCACAAAAAGGAGCAAAGACGUUUCGUAGGGCUGCAGAAGAAGAACAAGAGGACGAGAAACAAUGGAUUUUUUUGUUUUUUUGUUUUUGGAUAAUAGGAAGGGAUGAAGUGCAACAGAGAGAGAAAAAUGACUUUUGCACACUUUACACACAUAUUCUU